CGCCACGGUAAAUACAUGGCCUGCUGCCUUUUGUAUCGUGGUGAUGUCGUUCCCAAAGACGUGAACGCUGCCAUUGCCACCAUCAAAACCAAGCGCUCCAUCCAGUUUGUGGACUGGUGCCCCACUGGUUUCAAGGUGGGCAUCAACUACCAGCCGCCCACUGUAGUUCCUGGCGGAGACCUGGCCAAGGUCCAGAGGGCUGUGUGCAUGCUGAGCAACACCACUGCUAUUGCAGAGGCCUGGGCUCGGCUUGACCACAAGUUUGAUCUGAUGUACGCUAAGCGUGCCUUUGUGCACUGGUAUGUGGGUGAGGGUAUGGAGGAGGGAGAGUUCUCUGAGGCCAGGGAGGACAUGGCCGCUCUGGAGAAAGAUUACGAGGAGGUUGGAGUCGACUCCAUUGAGGGUGAGGGAGAGGAAGAGGGAGAGGAAUAUUAAGGGACAAAAAGGCAUUUGUUAAAAAUGAUACAAUUAAUUCUAAAAUUGAAUGUUUAACUAUCAUUAGAAGUUCGGCUGUUCAGAGUUAGCGAUCCUGAAAGAUCAGUUUGACCCUGUUCUUAAUAAAUGUCCUACAACAUA